UAGAUACUACUGAAAAGAAAUUUUUUUUUUAAAAAAAUAAAAUAAAAAGAGCAAAGAGACCACUACAUAUACAGGGGUUAUGAUCAUUUAACUCUCCAACAUUGAAGGGGUCUUGCAUCUUUUGGUUGCCAAGCUAGAAAAAUGGUGUCAACUUCUCCUUCUAAGGAACAUCAGUCCAUAGAGAAAUGGACGGAAGGCGAUCCCUCUCGCCGAGCCAAAUGGUGGUACUCAACCUUCCAUACCGUCACAGCCAUGAUAGGUGCAGGUGUUCUCAGUCUGCCUUAUGCUAUGGCUUACUUAGGCUGGGGUCCAGGGACAAUGGUUCUAGCAUUAUCAUGGUGCUUGACCUUAAACACAAUGUGGCAAAUGAUACAACUCCAUGAAUGUGUUCCUGGGACUCGUUUUGAUCGAUAUCUAGACCUUGGUAGACAUGCUUUUGGCCCAAAACUAGGGCCAUGGAUUGUUCUACCUCAGCAAUUGAUCGUUCAAGUUGGUUGUGAUAUCGUGUACAUGGUCACUGGGGGGAAGUGUCUGAAGAAAUUCAUGGAGAUGACUUGCGCUACUUGCACACCGAUCAGGCAGUCUUACUGGAUAUUGAUAUUUGGUGGAAUUCAUUUCUUCUUGUCUCAGCUUCCUAAUUUCAAUUCUGUAGCUGGUGUUUCUUUAGCAGCAGCAGUCAUGUCCCUCAGUUAUUCAACUAUAGCAUGGGUAGGUAGCUUGGCACAUGGUCGGGUCGAUAAUGUGAGCUAUGCAUACAAGGAAACCAGUGGAGCAGACCACAUGUUUCGGGUGUUCAAUGCACUGGGGCAAAUAUCAUUUGCAUUUGCAGGGCAUGCAGUCGUGCUAGAAAUCCAAGCUACAAUUCCAUCAACUCCUGAAAAGCCUUCAAAAGUACCAAUGUGGAAAGGUGCAUUAGGUGCUUAUUUCAUCAAUGCGAUUUGCUAUUUCCCUGUAGCUCUUAUAGGUUACUGGGCAUUUGGACAAGAUGUUGACGAUAAUGUGCUUAUGGCACUUAAGAAACCUGCAUGGCUCAUUGCCUCUGCUAAUCUAAUGGUGGUAGUUCAUGUCAUAGGCAGCUACCAGGUCUAUGCGAUGCCUGUUUUUGCAAUGCUAGAGAAUAUGAUGAUGAAACGAUUGAACUUCCCACCAGGACUUGCACUUAGACUUUUAGUUCGAUCUGCUUAUGUUGCAUUUACACUGUUCGUUGGAGUCACCUUCCCAUUUUUUGGGGACCUUCUUGGCUUCUUUGGUGGAUUUGGUUUUGCUCCCACUUCAUAUUUUCUACCUAGCAUAAUGUGGCUGAUAAUCAAGAAACCUAAGAGAUUCAGCGCCAAAUGGUUUAUCAACUGGGCUUCAAUAUUAGUUGGAGUGUUCAUUAUGAUAGCAUCUACAAUUGGUGGGUUCCGGAAUAUAGUCACCGAUGCCUCCACAUAUAGGUUCUAUACAUAAUAAAUUAUGACAAAACGUGUAACUGAGUUGCAAGACUCAUUUUAGUUUCUUAAUAAUGAUGAUAAUUUGAGAUGGUCUUUUUCCUAUUAAUGUUAAGCAAGCAACCAUUUCCAAAGCAAACAUGUUGACAGUAGAAGAACGCGACAAGAACUGGUAUUACAUAGAUUGCAUAUUUGAGCAUUAGGUGUGUCGUGAUGAUCAGUUGUAUUCUAUUAUCAUCAAAUAAUAUCAAUCUUGUGUUUGUUCCCCUA